UUUUUAUUUUAAGUGUGCCAGGCUGCUUAAAUGAAGCCCGUUGGGAAAGAGAUAAUAGUGAGACCUACUGAAACUCCUACUGCACUGUCUUUCUUCUGGAAGCCUUGCCGACACAUGCAGCUGCCUGAUCACAGUAGCUUGUCUGUCUAAACAAAAUAGUUUAAGUCAAACCGUAAUGCUUUCCUGAAGACAGAAGCCAGUACUACAUCUUUGAUGCUAAAGCAUCAGCAAUUCGAGAGUGGAGGAGAUUUUUCUACCAGAAGUUUUGACAUGCUGGAAAAUGUUGGCAUGACUUCUGCUGAGAGAGGGGAUUUCUCAACAGCUCUUCAUGCUCACAGUAAUGAAGCCUCAGUUGAAAAUCACCCUCUGAAAAGAUUCCACUCACUAACUCAUGUUGACCAAGAAGACACAGCAUCGGUUUCAGGAAUCUCUGAACUUUUUAAGGUUAUGGAAGAACCUCGAGCACAGAUUUUAAAACAUGAUGUAGAGAUACCACCUCAAGCCAGAAUCGCAACAAUACCACUUUCUUCUUUCCCACUUAAACUGCAGCAACUAAUGUCAGCCAGAGCUGAAAAUAUCUUUGAGCUAAGGCAAGCUGCAGAAAUACCAGCUGUAACUUAUGUAUGGCCAGUAAUAAGGAUGAAAGAUGCUUCCAGCCCUAUUUGGAACAAUUUUCCAAAGUAUUUAAUACCAAUGAGUCCAAUCUUAACAGGACACUGUUCUAGUCCUGAUGUAAUGAUUGAAGAUGUGAUAUGUUCCCAUAUAACCCCAGUCAGUCAGCUUAAACAAGAAGAGCUAGACGGAAGGACAGCAAGAUCAUAUCCUCUUCUUGUAAAGUCAUGUAGCAGUGUUGUUUCAGAAAUUUUAAAAUCACUGACCAAUACCAAAAAUAAGGAUUAUAAGGAUACUUACAUUGUACCACCUUUGUCCGAAUGUCCUCCUGAAGAGCAACUGGAAAAUCCUCUCUUUAAGGACAAUGCUCUAGUGAUAUGUAAUGGGAAAGUCUACCUUCUGUAUGUAAUGAGGCAUGAAGCUCUGCCAGCAGAAACGGAAGUACAUGGCUGUGAUAUGUUGCUUAAGAAGACCACAGCUUGGCUCAUUACAUGCAGUAUUAUCCGUGACGUAACGACUGAAGUUCCACAUUCGCUGCUGUUAGGACAGUAUAAUAUAAAACAGAAGGAAAGAUGUCUUACAACCUUUGCUACCUCCCCAAACCAAGAUAAAACUUCAAAUGCAACACAUUUCCCUUCACACGGGAUGACUACCAUCUCUCAGCCCAAUCAGUCCUCACCUUCUACUGGGAAAAGGCAACAGUUCCUCAGCAAGACUGCAUUCCUAUCUGAAGAGAGCUUGCAAAAAAGAGAUGGGAAAGAAGCCCUUCAGGAAAAAGACAAUGAACUGAGAAGGAAAUUCGGUAUUGUUAAGGAUGUAAGAGUCCUUCUCAACAGACUAAAUCCCUCUGAACUUAAAGAGAACUCCAGCAAAGCUUCUGCACUGAAAUGGAAGUUAACCAUGAAGAAAUUAGAAAGUGUGGCAAAGGUACUUAGCUGUUCAUAUAUAAAUAGAAAGCAUGCCUCACCUUGAAGUGUUCAUUACACGGCAUUAGUACACUUCUCAAAAUUUGUGAAUGUUUCAGCCCCAUCAUAAAAUGUUUUCUAUUUGAGAACCUUGCAAUGUUUAUAAAGACUUAAAGUUGUUUUUUUUUUUUUAUAUUUGGGCUGUUGAUAAAGUCAGGAAACUCUGGCUCUGUUUGUGCAGUCUACAUUUGUUCUGUUACAUUCUGUUAUUUUCUGCAGGUUUUAAUUAAACCCUCUGAGAAGAAUAGCAGAUCUUCCUAAAUGUAGUUUUUAUGUAAGAUUUCAAAUGGGAAAGCACUUCUUUAUACAGUGAGAGAAAGAUCUCUGCUCUUCAUCUGUAAAUUACAUCUCUAAUUGUACCAUGCCCUAAUGAAGGGCAUUAUUUUAAUAUGUAUGUUUAAACUGUAUGUUUAUUUAAGUUUACUUCUGAGAACCGUUUAAUGAAAUUGUAUUAAAUUGUGCUGAAAUGCUGUGAAAGAACAUAAUUAAUACAUCCUAAGUAAACAUAAUGGCACAUCAGAA